AUGGUGUACUGCGGCCGGCCGUCCACGGCGUGCCAUGCGUGUCGAGAGAAACGCGGCAAGUGUGACAGGAAGAAGCCCGGUUGCGGCCAAUGCGCCAGGAAGCGGAUUCCCUGUCCAGGCUAUCGGGACCCGUUAGCCGUGGUUAUCAGAGACCAGACUCUUACCACGGCCCGGAAGGCGCUUGCCAUGCAGGGUUCGCCUGCCGCCCAGAUUCCACCAGCCGCCAGCGAGUCCUUACUCUUCGUGAGCAGACUGUCUCUGGCCCUAGAAGACGUGGCCAAGACCUUUUUCUUCACCUCGUACGCCCCAGCGAGCCCUACGCCCUAUCUGGCUGACCUGUCCGACAUCCUGGCGGCCGAUGGCUUUUCGACAUCUGCAAUCCUUGCCCCGGCCCUCGCGAGCCUCUCGCUCGAGCUCUCGCAGCCUUCGCUGAUGGAGGUCGCACGGAAGCAUUACGCGCUUGCCAUCCAGCAGACCAACCGCGCCCUGGCGUCCAUUGAUCUGGCUGUCAGAGAUGCAACCCUCGCCUCGGUAUUUCUGCUGGCACUCUUCGAGGCCCUCUCCUUCCACGGCCGGAGCUCUCCCACCAGCUGGACGCAGCACAUGAAUGGAGCCGCUGAGCUACUCAAGCUGCGAGGACGCAAACAGUUUGACUCGCUCCUCGGCCGCAACAUGUUCCUCGACGUUGCUAGCGAGAUCUUCACCUCGUGCGCACAACGCCGCCUAGCCGUCCCCCCGGCCCUGUCCGAGCUCUUGGCUCAGGUGGCCGACGUCGUCGGCAGUGACGACCCCGAGGUCGGCUUCGCGCGGGCCGCAGCCGGCAUGGCCGAGCUCGCGAACAUGCUGUUCGCCGGCCGCAUCAAUCCUCAGCAGUCCAUUGUCAUCGUCCAGCGGGCUUGCCAGCUGGACGCCCAAAUCGAGCAGCUGCUGGAGCAGCUUGCCGGUUUCUGCAUGUACACGGUCGUCCCUCCAGCCAAGGCCCCCGCGUCCGCAUACAACAACCUCGCACACGACUAUGACAACCCGAAAUCCUGUCGUAACUGGAACAUCCUGCGGAUGAUGCGGCUGUUCGUCAACAAAUGGAUCUUCCACAUUGCGUCCGGCGCAGGCGAUGCAAUGCCAGACCGCAUGGAGCUCGUCCAACGCGCGGCCGGCAACUCCGAGCGCAUGGCCGCGGACAUCUUGAGCACGGUUCCAUACCUUUGCACCCUGCCGCCCUCUAGCUACGCGCGGUUGAUGACGGGGCGCUGGUUGAUCUGGCCACUGUCGGUGGUUGCGACGUCCGUAGUAGCGCCGAUGACUGCCCGAAUAUUCGCGCGCAACGCGCUACACGCCCUCGGCAGGGACACGGGCAUAACGCAGGCCACCGAGGCUGCUAAUAUGGUGGAUGAGUCGCAAGCCCUGGAGGACUGGUAA